CCAGGUCUUCGAAGGGCUAUGCGGAAGCCGCAUGGUCGUAUUCGUAAUCAGCAUGGUCGAUAACCUAUAACCCACUAGAUUCCGAGCAAAAAGCGUUUAAUCACUUCGUGGGGUUCCCUCGUAAGUAUAACCUUAACGAUCAGGUAAAGAACUUGAAAAAUCGAUUCUAAAAGUUGCUGAUACUGCGAUACGUCAUAAAAUAAUAACAUUAUAUUGAGCGUAGCAACAAUACUCAAAGUUCAAAAAAACAAUGGUGGAGUGCUAUUAACUUCUCGUUAGGCAGAAAAAAAACGUUCUUCUGUUCCACCUAUAAAAAACUUAAUCGGAAAUUGAUUAAAUGAAGAUUAAAAAGGCAGAUGCUUUAAAUUCAUACUUUGCGUCUAUUUGUGUGUGUACGUUGUUGCCUUCAGAUGAUCAGAAAUCCAUGCCCAAACUGGUAUUGCAUUCUAAGUCGCUUUCUGCGAUUACUGUGUCUUCUGGUGAAGUAGAAAAGAUUUUGAAGUGUCUUGAUGUAAACAAGGCUAGUAGUCCUGGUGUAACUGCUAAACUGCUAAAAGAAUCAGCGCUUAUAACAUCUACUUAUCUAACUCAGAUGAUCAACCAGUCCCUUAACACGGGAACUUAUCCAGAAUCUUUCAAGACAGGAUAUGUAAACGCGUUGGUUAAGGACGGUGAUACUUCAAGUCCAUCCAACUACAGGCCACUAGUGAGUAUUCGUUUUAUGGUUUAUUUGUCUACAAGUUUAGAUUGUUUAGAAAUAGUUGGAAUUCGAAAUGAUGAUAUUAUAGAAAAAAUUCAAUAAUUUCGUUCUAUGAUAAAUUUAAAUUUCAUCAACUAAAUCAUCCGUAUAUUUAACGGUACUUUUAUUUAGGAAUCCGGUUUUCCUGUGACACCAUUAUUAGAUCUCGUUCAAAUAUGCAUAAAUACAUUACAUUUGGAAAAUUCGAUGCCAUUUCUUGAUGAUUAUAUUGUUGCUUUAGUACAUGGAAAUGUCAAACAAAUUGGAUUGCGAUUACAAGGUCCAUCAAUGCUCAAAGGUAUAAGAAGUCUUGUAGAAGAUCGUAUAUAUGAUAAAUUAAACGAUAAAAUUGAUCAAUGUCUUGAUAUAGUUUCAUACGACUGGAUGAUACCAGAAGCUGCGGGGAUAGUAAAAUUACUGCGUUUUCAAGAUUUACGACAGUUACUUGAUCUAAUUAUGAAUAAAGAGUGGAACGCAUAUUUUCUCGAUUUUGGAAAAGAAGAUGCUCAAUUUGCACAUGUUACUCCUCAAGCAGCAUUAAUCGUCGUAGAAAAAAUACGAGAAGGUUUAAAACGUGUAAGACCAUUUUUUAGUCGUCGUCAACAACCAGAAAAAGAUGAUAAAAAACUACUUGAUCAAGUGGCAAAAGAUUUACGUAAUCUAAUUAAUGAUAGAGCAAAUUCAUAA